AUGCCUGCCGACCGACGCCUGGCAGUCGCCGCAUCCGCCACCGUCUCUUUGGCGAUGGCUGGCACGUCAGGAUGUUGUACCGAGUCGCGCUGCUCGUCGAUUAUCGACAAGCGGGAUGACAGACGUCGGCAGACGCCAGUGGUGCAGCAUCGUCUAUCCUCGGUCGUUACGCUUCAAGUCUUGAAUCUGCCUGCGAUCGCAGUUCGCAGUGCGGAAGAGAUGAUCAAGUGGCACAUGGUGGUGAAGCCGAGAGAGGAACAGAAACUCGCUCACCGCGCAGCACCAGCCGCAGACGGUGGAAGGCAGAGUGGAAGGCACGGCGAAAGCGAACUGCGCUGUUCGGCUGCGCACGUACGCACGCCGGCCGGCCUCCGCCAUCCGUCGCCAGUAAUGGCAAAGAAAAAGCGUAACAUCGUCUACGUAAAAAAUGACGCUCCUCCGGCUCGUAGACGCUCGAGCGGCUCUACAGAGCAACAUCUGAGUGCGUAUCUCCAUUUCGAUCUCUCAGGUCGCUUCACGCUUCUUCUCGCGGCGCUAGCCAUGAUAAUCCUUCAGGGCGUUGAACCGAACUGUUACGACUAA